UGACUUGUGUUCGUAUAUUUCAGCAGCUGCAUGAAAACGGAACGUGUAAGCUACUUAUCAGUAUCGGAGAAUUAUCAAGAUUAUUUCUAUAUGUAUGCGUAUAUUGCACAAUCACAGUAUAUUCAAUAAAGUGUGCUGCAUAUAACACGGAAUUAAGGAUUCCGUUUUGCUAGUACAAACAACUGUAGAAAGUGGAUUAAUAAUAGAAACUCUGACAAACAGCAAAACCACGGACUCCCUUGGCGUAUAACAACACAAUACUGGAUUUUAGUUUGCAUAUAGCUCCUGCUCAGCGGGGUAGUUCUCUAAUUGGUGGGUAAUAUUUUGAAAGGAGGUUGAGAAAUCUGUGAAAUAAACGUGAUAAUAUAUCGUUUAUUAGACUUUGGGUGAUUUAGCAGGAAUCUGGCGCCGUUUGGUAGGAUUCACGCCAAAGUCGGACGGCCUUGACUGGUAUUAGAAACGCACAGGCAACAACCACAUUAUUUUGACCGACGUACGCGGAGAGCAUAUUAUUGGACGUGGCUGACUGUGUGUGCGCCGGUGUACGGGAAAAGAUGUAUGGCAGUGCCAAGUUAUUAUGACUGUAUUAUAUGGAAUCUCUAUAAUCAUAUUUUAGUCAUUAUUGUCGAAGCGAUUAGACCAACAAGUGAGCGGCCUAUAUCUGCAACGUAUUAUACUAGCCGCUUUGACAUCAUUUGAAAAGGUUCUCAUCAACGUGCACGUACACCAUUGGCAUCACGAUGUAAAGAAAUGCUGACUCUGAUGUGAUAUAAGCAGGCCUCCAGUAGGUAGAAAGAAUACUUGGUGAAGAAGGUUAAUGCAUCAUCUUCAAAUAUCUCAUUGAUUUUACGGAAACAGAAAAUGGCGUCAUUGUUCUCAAAGAAUCGGAAGAAAAGUAUCACAGUGGAGCUCAAUGAGGAGCCGCCAGAAUUUGAGCUCAUGUUUCUCGGAAAGACGGCAACACAACGCAAGAUGGGUCGCGAGUGUACAUCGGAGAUCAUCGGCGACCUCGUGGCACAGUCGCGCGGAAAGGAACUCAAGGUCGUUCGGAUGACGAUUACGAGUAAGGGAGUACGAGUAACGGAAGGCUCGGAUCCGAAGAAACAGCGAGACACCUUCAUACCCAUCUAUUCCAUCAGCUACGGCUCUGCUGACAAACAUUACCCGCGAGUCUUCUCCCUUGUAACGAACUUCAGCAAGAAUGACCCGAACAUCACCCAGGGUCGUAAGUCCACCAUGCCAUUCUACUGUUUCGCCUUCGUAUGUCAGACCCCUGCCAUCGCACGGGCGAUGGUGGUGUACCUACUGCGUUCCUUUAAGACCGCGUACGAGGGCUGGCGAAGAGGGGUCAAGAGCCAAAGGUUACGUGACAAGAUCAAAGCGGGUCCAGGUCACAACAUUUUCAACCGAUCGCGUAGUGGAGACGAGAAAAGCAUCGCGGAGACCAUCGCGAAGCUAGAGGAACUCACGGCAACGAAUCAAAAUUCUAGCGACAAAACAUCAGACUCUAAUUCACAAACGGAAGAGAAACCCGUUACGCCACCUGGUGAGACAGCUACUCGCUCUGACAAAGUGGUGUCAUGGAUGGACAAAUGGCUCGGCUUGGGGUCAAACAAAGAAUUUAAACGGUUGCCGAGUAACGAUUCGUCGACGUCGCCAUCGGGCAGCGAGAUCACCGCACAGGAGAACGAAGCAUUUACCGAUCGAGAGGAAGAGUAUCAAGAAUUUGUUGACCCAACUGCCAUGUUGAAUGACGAGGUGGACAUUGUUUCUGAGCUGAUGGACCCUGAAGUACAAAGUGUGUUCGAGGAGAUCGCAGAAUCGAGAGCCGCUCAGAAAGCUAAACUAUUAGAUUCACUAUAGGAUGAAAUAGCAAGACAAUGAUGUAGAAUUGUAGAUUAUUAUAUCUAGAGAUUCUCCACGAAACUAAUUACACAGAGGCUUAGAUACAGGGUGUGAACGUUCCACAGAUCGAAUGGCGAAAGGGGAGGGGAGAGAAAGAAGU